ACAAGCAGCGCUGUUCUUUCGUUCCAGCAGAAUCCCUAAUUCCUGCACCCAGAUUGCAUUUCAAAUUUCAUUACAAUCAGCUGGCAUAAGAUAUGGCAUCUUUAAACACUUUGGAAACCAUGAACAGCAAUGGAAAAAAUUCCCAUAAUCCCAAUCACGAGUCAACAAACAUAAAUGAGGAGAAGCAGUCAUAUUCCGCACCGAAAGUUUCUCAAUCUAAUGGCGACGUUAAUGAAACGGUUAUAGCAAGUGAUGACGAAUACGCUAUUGAUGCUGACCCAAUCUCAUAUAGCACACCAUCCAUGCAAAGGGGUCGAAAAAGGAGAACAUUACAGAAAUCUAUCGUAAUAGGUAAUUCAAGCAUCAAAAUCAGCCUUCCUGAACCCGAACGUACCGAAAUUGAAGCCAUGGAUGCGCAAUGGUGUACAGAAGGAGGGGAAUAUCUCCCGAUGUCCAAACUGCUUGACGGUUGGACCGAGGAGAAAAGGAGAAGAGUGGACACUGGCACAAUUGAUAAGUUUUACCACCAUAACUAUUCCAGCAAGACUUACCGCUCUAUGGUGGAAGUUCAAAGUUAUAUUAAGCAUCACAGCGAUCCACAUAAAAAGAAUUCUAUUACACUUGGAGACUCGCAAGAAAGAAAUCAGGCCUUUGCAUGAUGAAGAAGACGUGACAUCAAAAAUAAACAACAUAUUGUCAAAUUGGGACAAGGAAUAUGCCGACUUUCAAGACAUGGAUGCACUACAAGAAAGGGACACCUUUAGCGGCGACAGGUGUCGCCGCUAUUGCCCACAUUUGUCGCCGCUAUUACCUUUUACGGCGACAUGUCGCCGCUAAAGGGUCGCCGGUAUUGAUGGGUCGCUAUUGGCCUGGUUGUCGCCGCUAUUGAUACCGUCGCCGCUAAUGCUCUUGCCGGAGAAUUUGCAGGAAAGAUUGCCUGAGAUAGAUUGCCGGAGAUUACAUAACAAACCGUUUAUCAAAAACUUGUCGGAACUAAUAAAUUUAAAGAUUACAUAACUUUUCAUUCAAAUUCUCAUCUCAAAAAAUGGAUUCAACGGUACUAUCAAAAACUUGUCGGAACUAUACAUUUUCUAAACAAUAAAACGAUAAAAUGAAAUUGGCCGGAACUUGUCGGAACUAUACAUUUUAUAAACAAUAAAACGAAAAUGGCCGGAACUUGAGCUUGAUGAUGGUGGUUCAACGGCGGUUCAACGGCGGCUAAGAUAGAUUCACGGUGGUGGUGGUGCAGCUUGAUAAUGGUGGUGUUGGAGCUUGAUAAUGAUGGUGGUGGAGCUUGAUGAUGGCGGUUCAACGGUGGUUGACGGAGCUAGACGGUGGUGGUGGUGCAGCCGGUCCAAUGGUGGUGGUGGAGAUUGAUGAUGGCGGUCCAACGGUGGUGGGUGGAGCUUCAGGGUGGCGGUGGUAGCUUCAUGGUGGUGGCGAUCCGGUGGUGGUGGUAGCAGGUUGUUGUUGUUGUGUAGAUGAUGGAGUUUGGUGAUUGUGUUUGUGGGUGAGUGUGUUUGUUUAAGGAAGAGAAAGCAGGAAGGAGCCCAAACCGUUGGAUCAUACUCUCAUCAAGGGCAGAGAUCAGCUCUUUUCAAGCUUCACACGGAUUGACUUUUAGCGGAGACAACUGUCGCCGCUAAUGCCUAUUGUCUUGUCGCCGCUAAUGCUCUUUAAAUCCCCAACCGUUAGAUCAGAAUAAGGAUCAACGGCUGGGGUUUGGUUUCAGACUCGGGGACGCGGAUCGACCAAUAGCGGCGACAUUUGGCAUGUCGCCGCUAAAAGUGGUUAUUUCUUGUAGU